CAGGCCACAAGGCGUAGGAGCCAGCUUAAGAAACGCUGAGAACUGGAAGUCGAGUGAGAACAUCAUCCAACACCACUUCCUUUCGAAAGCGUUUUUGGACUUAUUUUGGACAAAGAAUGCCGAUUUUUAUGUUGGCAAAAGCCAACCUGCUGGAUUGACAUUACUGCUGCUGGCUUGAAGAUUCCAUAUUUACAGAAAUAUUUUUCGAGGAUCGUCGUACUACUAGUGGGGCCCGCAUAGCUAGCGUCACAUCUGUUUCAACGUUUUCGAACAACUCUACGUUCCUGUCGACGUGAAUUUAAUACGAGCUGAAAAGAAACGUUGAGAGUAAAAUGAAUAAAGGAUACACAUCUAGAGUGGGUGAAAUGGGCCCGGAACUUGCCGAAGUAACGGCCGCAGCAACUUUUGUUUCCAGACUAGUUAAAACAAGAGGUUUUCUGAGCGAACACCAACUUCGUGAAUUCAGAGAUUGCCUCCAACAGUCACUAUCAGAGCACUAUCACAACCAUUGGUUCCCUGACAGGCCACAAAAGGGGUCCGGCUACCGCUGCAUCCGAAUUAAUCACGAAAUGGACCCAAUAAUUGGCAGGGCUGCUGGUCGGAUCGGACUUACUAGCGAUCAGCUAUUCUCCCUCCUGCCCCGGGAGCUGACGCUUUGGGUGGACCCUUUUGAGGUGUCGUACCGCAUCGGAGAGGAUGGCUCCAUCUGUGUCCUGUACGAGGCAGAUGCCCCAGCUCCUGCGGCAGCUCCUAGCCCGGACCCCACACAGAACUGCAAGAAUCAGUUUACGAUUGGUGGCCGCUCAACCCCACCGAAGAACUACCUGAUGACGGUCUCGAGCUAGUGCCGGACUGUGCACUACCGUGAUUCCGAGCAGCGUUAGAGUGAAAGCCGUUGACCACCCACAGUGAUUCUACACUUCAUUUUGCAGCAUUCCCCUGACUUUUUUUUGUAUUAAAUUAACCUUCCAUUGCCUAUUUGAUUGUAUUUCAGUAUUCUUAAAGCACGGGGUAGUUUUUUAAAAUGCCAUUCUUUUUGGGUUAGCAUUCAUGAAAAUUGACUACCAGUCCAUUGGCUAUUGGCACUGUUGGUAACAUGUAGUGUGCUUUUUCUCUUUGAUCUUGCCACACUAAACUCAAGCCUGGGCUUUUCAAGUGUUAACUCUGGUAUUUUGAGUUUCUCAUGGUAAAAUGUGACCAAGUCUCACAAAAGUAAACCUAAUCAAUUGUAACUAUAGAGUUUUGUCAUGUUGUUUUUUUCCGGGUACCUAUAAUUUCCAAGUUUUUUUUGUGUAAUUUAAUGCACUACUGCAGUUUAAUUUUACAGGACCACUUUCAAACUGACCUAACUCUGCUUUGAAAUCAAACUUGAGAUGCUGUCUUCCCAGUUGGAAAAAUAAACUACCUCUAACAGGGUUUACUGCCAUAUCGUGACCCUUUUUAUGUUGGGUGGCUGCCAAACUUUCCACCAUAGAUCUUUUGUGUGGUAGUCUGCUCAACAGACGCGUUGAUGUCAGUGAAUACUUUGGAAUCAACAUUUUGGAAAAAGAACUAUGGUUUUAUAUCAAUUACUAUUCUUGUUUUAGUUUUUUGUCACUUUCUGUUAUCUGCCCCCUCAAGGUAGUUUUCCUAUAAAUAAGCUGUGAGGUGGUUGGCUGGUGUCAUGUUAAUGUCUGUAUCACUGCCAGAUAAGGUGGAUCUCUCAGCCCUCUGUAGCAUCAUCUCUCCUCACAGAGCUGUUGAGCAGCUCUGUUUAUUGUUCUAGACCGGAGUAGAUGUAGAGUUUGUAAGCUAUUUGAAGCACAGUAUGCAUUUAAUGUACAAUUUUUUUUUAAUGAAUUUGUGCAUAUAUAGAUAAUUGUACAGUUUUGUCACAAUUUUAUUACAAUAAACCUUUAUGAAUCAAAA